CUUUUUGAUUUGCAUUUUGCAUGCUCAGUCAGUACUUCCAGUUUCUCGGAUUUUUCCGCUUGAAAUUACCUUUUCAACUUUCUCCAGGAGAUACAACUUGUUUGUCAGCUUUGACAAGCUCGAGUUACUGGAAGAACGCAAUCUGGAGUGUUUGGGUAUAUUCUGGGGACAAUGCCAGCGACGAUUGGGGUUAAUAUUCCAGAUUGAUGGCUUGCCCCCAACCCAAGCAGCUACUGCUACUGUAGAGUUCUUAUUGCAGUCCAGUGCAAACUGCCUAGGGCCCUAGAGAAAGAGAAAUAUCUGCUAUCUCAGCUACCGUGCGACAUUCUCUCUGCUUGCAAUCAUGGAGCAACUCGCAAAAUGGAAAGAGCUCCCAAUUUUUGCCGUUAUCUUUGUUACAAUUUUUCUUGUUUCCGGCAUACUGAUGUCCGGAGGAUUAUUUCUCGCUUCGAUAAUAAUUUGGCCAUUUUCUCGCUAUUACUACCGCCAGAUCAGUUAUUAUUUCAUCUAUCCCGUUUGGGCACAGUUGGUUUUCCUUAUCGAUUGGUGGGCUCCAUCCGAAGUGAUACUGUACACCGACGAGGCAGCUCAGAAACACAUCGGGACGGAGCAUGCGAUGGUCGUAAUGAACCACUCCUACGACAUAGACUGGCUGGCUGGAUGGCUUAUUUGUGAACGCGCAGCCUUGUUAGCAGCAACGAAAGUGUUCGCUAAGCGCUCAUUAUCUUACGUGCCGGUGAUUGGAUGGCUGUGGCGUUUGGGUGAAAUUAUUUUCUUGGACCGGAACUGGCAAAAGGACCGCACCUGCAUCGCCAAUCAGAUCGCUCAGAUCUCUCAGUAUGCUAAUCCGGUGUGGAUUUUGCUGUUUCCGGAAGGAACGCGUUUCACGCCUUCGAAGCACAGCGUCAGCAUGGAGUUUGCGAAGAAGGAAGGCCUCCCAAUGCUGAAACAUUUGUUAACCCCUCGCACAAGAGGCUUUGUCCUUACAAUGCAGGCUAUAAAGGAAAGUGGGAAUAAGAUUCGAGCGAUUUAUGAUACUACAAUUGGUUUCGCAAAUGGUCCGGGAAUUAACGAGCCUACCUUAUCGAACUUGAUAAAAGGCCGGCCGGUGCAGGCGCAUAUGAAAGUUUCUCGUAUUCCCAUGGAGAAUGUGCCUUCGGAAGAAAAAGAUGCUACAGAAUGGCUGCACAAAAGUUUCGUUCAACGAGAUAAACUGCUGGAGCAGUUUGAGCACACAAACCGCUUUGAAGGGCGUCAUUAUUUGCUUCCUCGAAGGCCUUAUACCUUGCUCAAUGAGAUCUUCUGGAUUGUUACUGUCAUCGGAGGUGCUCUUUACUAUUCAUUAACUACGCCCUGGAUCCCUUGGUGGUUCCUACCGCUCAUGACAGCUGCAUUGAGCGUUGCACUGCAUUACCUUAUCAAUGUGACGGUUUCGAAAAAAGGAUCGACGUAUGGGAAGGCGACGGCGCGCAAUCAGGAGGGUCGUAUAAUAACCGCCACAGAGAAGAAAGAUGCUUGAGCCGAAGAUGGAAACCAUUACCGCCUUAUCAUGUCGAAAGUAUUCGAGUGUGUUGCGUGCUGCAGUCUUGUGGACAUGCAUUUUCUGAAUGCCGUGUGUUUUUCUUGCGGUGACGUAUGCUGUUAUUUGUUCUUUGUAAUAUUCCAAGUACUUACUCUUAGUCAUAAAAUUAAUGUGCACGUACAUUUUAGUUUUACCGUUGUUGUGGUUAAAAGGUUUUGUGG